CAGAGUUAUUUUGAAAAGAGAUCCAAAAUGGCAGGUUGUUCAGGCCAAGAUGUGGGGAGGAAUAACUCGCCUAGUACGCGAUAUUCCUUCCGAAGGAAAUCUCGGAAGCAAAUAAACACAAGAUGAUGGUACUGUACACUUCACUUUCGGAAACAGACCUUUCUGUAGUGGCCUUCCUCUCUUCAGACUCUGUGGAACUCGUUAUUCAUACCCAAGAUUGAUAGCCAAAGGCUGUAUUUGGUUAAUUGCCCUCAGGCAGACACAUUUGGAGAUUGGAGCUAUCAAGGCCAAAUUAAUGUUCUCAAAGCAUUUUUGUAUCACUAGAUUUUGUUAUUUACCGGAGCUGGUUUAAAAGGAUUUCAAAGAUUUAUAUAGUAUUUUUUCAUUGGCAAACUGUGCUUUUUUAUCAAAUUCUCAAGAUGGCAACUGACACUUGGAAGGGUUCUGAACGCAGAGAUCGAACCAGAACAUAUGACUACAGUAAUCACGAUUAUUACAUUGGCAAUCACAGCAAAGGGAGAACUUUUUCAUACAGCAAUUCUUUUUCUGGACAUACAACCACAAGAGAAACUGGUGUGGUUGAGAAACUUUUGCAUUCCUAUGGCUUUAUAAACUGCUGUGAAAGAGAGCUGCGCAUAUUCUUCCAUUACAGCCAAUUCAAUGAGGAUCCUCAGGACCUUUGUAUUGGAGAUGAAAUGGAAUUUGAAAUUUCAUCAGAUCAGCGAACAGGAAAACCCAUAGCAUGCCGUGUUGUGAGACUUGAAGCUGGUUCUGUUUCCUUUGAGAUUCGAAGUGAGGAAACAGUAUGUGGAGUGAUAGAUGCUGAACCCAAAUUAUACUUGAAGAGCAGUCCAAAAUCUCCACAAAAUGUGCUUGAUCCUGAUUCAGGAAGGGUGAGCUAUGAGCGGAAUGGGGAGGUGUUCUAUCUCCAAUUUUCUUCUAAUGACAUUGUUGGUUCAGGUAUUCCCCUCCACAAAGGAGACAAAGUUGAAUUUUACGUAGCCACAGACAAAAGAACUGGGGUUGUACGAGCUCGUGAAGUCACCCUUCUAGAGGCAGCAGAUACUGAGAAAUGUCAGGGGGUUGUUUCUUCAAUGAAGGAAUCAUUUGGAUUUAUCGAAAGGGCAGACAAAGUUAGUGAGAUUUUCUUCCACUACAGUGAAUUCAAUGGCAAUAUUAAUGAACUCAUGUUAGGAGAUGAUGUGGAGUUUGGAAUACAAGCAAGAAAUGGCAAGGAAGUUGCAGUGCGUGUGGAUAAAUUACCAGAAGGAACUGUGAAAUUUGAAGACAUCAGCAGUGAAAGAUAUCAAGGAACUGUGGACCGGCCACUGAGUAAAUCUGCUGCAAAAAGACAACAUGAUCCAUUGCAUGGAAAGAUUGUCUAUACUCCCCUUAACGAUGAUGAUGUUGAGGAAGAGAUUGUCUUUUCUGAAAGAGAUUUGCAUGGAGACUUCUCCCUCAGAAUUGGAGAUGUAGUGGAGUUUAAUAUUGCUGUUGAUCGCCGUGACUCACUGAAAAGAGCUACAAAUAUCAGUCUAGUUGAUGUAGCUGAACCUAAUGAUGGGGAGACAAGGGAAUUGGGCAUUGUGGCAUCUUUGAAAGAAGGAUUUGGUUUCAUAAAGUGCUGUGAUCGAGAUGCAAGGAUGUUUUUCCACUACAGUGCACUUCUUGACUCUGCACAUCAGAUUCAAGUUGGAGAUGAAGUGGAAUUUGCAGUAUCUGAGGACACAUCCUCCAUUAAACGCCUGCAUGCCAUAAAAGUCCGAGUUGUACCUAAAGGAACAAUUAUUCAGAUGGAGAAAAUUUCAUCUCAAAUGUACGAGGGAUACAUUGAAAGAGAACCCAGUUAUGGCACCCGCAGCCCCAGAAAGGAUAUCAACAGAGAGAGUGAGUCUGGUCUGAUCAACUGUUUCAUUAAUGGGGUCAAGGAGUUGCUACCAUUUGAUUUUAACAAUUUCGAGCUGAGAGGAGUUGCCCAGUAUGGUGACCUGGUGGAGUUCAGUUUGUCAGAAAGUCAAAGAACUGGUUACAGAAGAGCAGUAAAUGUAACAGUGUUGAAAAGAAACAGUGAAAUACGCCACAUGGGAUUUGUUGCGACCCUUAAGGAGAACUUUGGGUUUUUGGAGACAACUGAACAUGACAAGGAAGUGUUUUUCCACUACAGUGAAUACGAUGGUGAUCCCAAUGAGCUCAUUCUUGGUGAUGAGGUGGAGUACAACAUCAAAUGUAAGAAUGGUAAAGUCAGUGCAGAGAUGGUAGUCAAAGUACCUCAAGGGACCAUUACUCAGGAACAAAUUCUACCAGAAGUUUAUGUGGGAAAAGUUCUGAGGUCUUUGAGGCGUGCUGAUCCACAGCAAUUGGAGUAUGCUGGGUUAAUUAAGCGCAGAACUACCGAGGACCAGGAAAGUGGAUCUGAGAAUGAGGCGGAGGAGGACUUAGAUGAUGGUGACUCCUUUACUGUGGAGUAUGGCAUUACAAGUCUUGUGGACAAAAAAACAGUGCUUCAGUAUGGAGAUAAGGUACGUUUUCAAGUCGGUGUCGACAAACAAACGGAAAGAGAGAUUGCCAUGAAAGUGGUCAGUGUACGACAACGAGUGCGGGCGCGAGUUGAGUCAGUCAAAGGCCAGUUUGGUUUCAUUGCCUAUGAAAACGAGGAAGGAAAGAACCUGUUCUUUCAUAUGAGUGAGGUGGAGGGUGAAGUUGAACUACAACCGGGAGACGAGGUGGAGUUUGUUGUGGUGCAGAAUCAGAAGAGCCGCAAGAUGAGCGCCUGUAGCGUGCGUAGGAUCAGUGAUUCUCAGAGACCCGAACGACUCAUACGCAGAACGUUCUCAGAGAGUGUCCAAAGCCCAGGACCUAGAAUUGAAGUGAUCCGUAAACCCAGUGGACCGGACGGUACACGAGGGUUCAGCUACAAACGAACUCUGCGUUCCUUGUCAGAUACGGCCACUGAGCUGACUCAGGGGACUAGUGAGAGUAAAAUAGACCACAACGCAGCUAAGUUAGAGAACGCAGCUAAGUUAGAGAACGUAACAUGCGCAAAGGCGGGGAGCGAGUUUGAAAAUCUUGUCUCCAAGCUAUGUGAUCAGGAUUGAGUUUAAAGUGCUAUGGGAAGGUUAAUAAUGUAUUAUAGGAAAUUGCAUGAACAAAAUAGUGGCAUCCUACUCCAGAUGAAUUAAUUGAUUUCUAGUAGAUAUUUGUCUUAUUGCUUCAGUUAUAAUCAAGCCGUCGAUUUGUCUCUUUUCCGUUCAUCUGGCAGUUACAUUGUAGUGGUCCUAUAUUAAUUUUUACGUUCGUAUCUCGAUCAUAUCCGCACGUUAUCGGUUUCCUUUUUCUUUUUUUCUUUUUUUUUUUUGAUUUCUUUUUUAAUUUUUUGGUCAUGUUUUUCGUUCGUCAGUUUUUGUUUUUGUCUUUGUGUAUAGCCAGUGGCACAAAAUUCACACAGACGCAGUUCUUCAUGCUAUCAUCGGUUCUGUUGAAAACGGAAUCAGUUUUUUUUCUGUCUUUUGAGAAGUGGCGACUCGUUAAUUUCUAACGAUUUUUGGCAGAAAGAAAGCGUAUUGGUCAUUGUUCGGAAAUUACGUAACUUUUGCCUUAUCACGGCGGGUUUAUGAGGGAGAACAUAUUAUGCUAGGGAACUGCUUAGAGAUUACUGCAGCCUACAAGUCAUGUAGAGUGAGGUAACGCACCAGUUUUAUCGACUUGCUUAGGUUUUGCGCACUAAGUGUGAAUUUUUUUACAAUUUCGAAAAGAGUAAUUUAGUUAAAUAUGUAAUUAGAAUGGAUGUACCACACUUAUCACUGAAAGUAAUAAAGAUGCAACUCAAAAUGUUUCAGA